UGCACAAAAAUCAACUUGUAGUCUGUAGUCUUCCUUAUCUUUGACUACAUUCACACAAACAACAAUCAAUCACACACUCAAAUGGCAGUGGCAGCUUAUGCGUCUUUGGUUUCUCUCACAGAUGUUCUCGACAAUGUUCAACAUCCUUCUCGUUGUCAUCGGCUUCAUCUGGACAAGGAACAGAUCCAGAGCUUGCACCAAAGAGUUCUGUUCUUGCAGCACUUUCUUGAAUUUCAUUCCCAAAGAAUUAGCCCAGAAAUGGAAGAUCUGGCCAGGCAACUAGCUGUUGUUGCCGAUGAAGCCGACGAUAUCAUUGACUUCCACGUCGUGAAUCAACUUCUUGAAAGAUCUGAAGAUAAAACUCAUCAUAUGGCUGCUCUCUCAUCCUUCUGUCAAGAUAUGGACAAAAUUAUCAAAAAGAUUGAUUCCAUCACUGAAAAGUUGAUGAUGGUUCAAGAGGAACGGGUUGACAUCCAAGAACGGCCUCCUAUAGCUUCUGCGUCUAUUGGUUCUACCACACCUUCUUCCAAUGACAAGAAUACUAUGGUGGGAUUUGAUGAACGCUUGCUUCAGGUCGUGGAUGUGCUUACUAGAGAUGAAUCUGAUCUUCAGAUCCUCCCAAUCGUCGGGAUGGGAGGCAUUGGUAAGACAACUCUAGCUCAAAAUGUUUUUAACCAUCGACUUAUUGCGGAUCGCUUUGAUAAACGCAUUUGGUUUACAAUAUCUCAACAAUAUAGUGUUCGAGAAGUUCUUCUAAAGUACCUUAUAAAUGACAAAAAGAUCAAAGCAAGUGCCGCAGAUGAACUAGACCUAGCUAAAUUAGGAGAACGCCUUCACAAAUUUUUAUUUGGUAAAAGGUAUUUGAUUGUGUUGGAUGAUUUGUGGAAUAUCAAAGCUUGGGAAGAUUUUCAGUUAUUCUUUCCAAAUAAUGGAAAUGGAAGUCGAAUUUUGUUGACUACUAGGUUGUUGGAUGUGGCUCGUUCUUUAGGCUUUGACAAUCAUUAUUUCACAAUGACCUUUUUAGACAACGAUAAAAGUUGGAAUUUACUAUGUGAAAAAGCUUUUGCACAAAAAAGUUGCCCUUAUCCACAUUUGGAAGAAAUUGGAAGGAAUAUUGCUAGAUGUUGCUGCGGGCUUCCUCUGGCAAUUGUUGUAAUUGGUGGGCUCCUUGCAAAAUCCAAUCAUACACGAGAAUAUUGGGAGUUUGUUGCAAAGAAUGUAACCUCAUUUGUCAAUUCUGGAGAUGAUGAUCAUUGUUUAAAGAUAUUGUCUUUGAGUUACAACAACUUGCCGAUUCAUCUUAAACCAUGUUUUCUUUAUAUGAGAGUUUUUCCUGAAGAUGAUCGGAUUAAAGCCUCUCAGUUGAUAAAAUUAUGGAUCGGUGAGGGGUUUCUAAAACCAGUAGGAGGUAAAAGUGUGAAAGAAGUCGCAAAGGAAUACUUGAACGAUCUUGCUGACAGAAAUCUGAUUUUGAUUCGUGAUUGGACGCGUCGUGGGAAAAUAAAAGCAUGUGGCAUUCAUGAUAUUCUAAGAGAGCUAUGUUUUAGAGAAUCUAAGAGAGAACAUCUUAUUCGUGUCCCUAAAGCACAAAAGAUUUGUGUUUCAGUAUCGAAUGACGGUGAUCUCUGCUUUCUGUGUGGUCAUAAGGUGAACAGACAGAAUAAGAUACAUCUUCAAGAAGUUGGUGUUGGCUCGCAAUCAACAAUAGUUGCCAGUCCAUCAGUAUGCGAGGCUUGUAGUAAUAUGUAUCAAAAUCUUAAUAAAUUAAGAUGGGUGAAGGUAUUCAAAUCGGUACAUGAUGUAACAUCUCUUCUACACACAAAGUUGCGGUACCUUAAGGUUAAAGGAUAUGACCACGCCGAGGAGAAUCGUAAACUUAUAAUUUCCGGUACAAUUUCCUUACUUUGGAAUCUACAAAUUUUGGAUCUUGGUUCUUCAAAGACACUUUGGUUGCCUGAAGUUUGGGAGAUGCCAAAACUUAGGCAUCUCAGUGUUUAUAAUGGUAGCUUUCCUUAUCCAGUGGAGGGGCAAGAUUCUACUAUUUUGGAAAACCUAAGUACAGUUUGGAUAGGUGAGUUUUGUUGUAGCAAGGAGGUUGUUAAAAGAAUUCCAAAUUUAAAAAAAUUAAGUAUUAUUAGGUGGUUAUCAGGUGAUUAUUCUCUCGCGCAGCUCAAUAAGCUUGAAUCACUCUGUUUAUGCUUUAUUUCUAGUUUGGAGGCCAUAGGCUUCCCAACUUCACUGAAGAAGUUGACUUUGUGGUAUUGCCAAAUUCCUUGGGGAAAGAUGACAAUAAUUGGUUCUUCAUUACCCAAUCUUGAAGUGCUUAAAUUGAACAAUGCAUUUAUGGGGCCGAAGUGGAGUCCAAAUGAUGGGGAAUUUCUUCAGCUAAAAGUGUUGUUCAUUGAGAGUUUGGAAUUGGAGCAUUGGGAAGCAGAGGAUACCCAUUUCCCAAAUCUGCAUGGGCUCUAUCUAUAUCAGAUGAUGAGAUUGAAAGAGAUUCCUUUAAGCAUCGGAGAUAUAAACACACUACAAUCCAUUCAUUUGAGAGUGUGGUGCAGUGUCUCUGCUAAGAAUUCGGCACUAGAAAUAGUGAAGGACCAAAAGGAGAAAGGAAAUGAGAUUCUUCAAGUUUAUAUAGAUGAAAAACAAGUCCUUUCAGACUCUAUUCUAGAUGGAGAAGAGGAGUUAAAAGUUUCCUUAUAGCCACUAGAAAUCUAACAUUUUGUAUGUGACAUUUGAGUUGUGAUGAAAUUACUUUGAAAUUUCUUUUAGCAUUUAA